GAAACUACGACAGUCAAUCUCGCCCGGUUGUCCCUCGGAGUAAUGAACAAGGUGAAAAUAACUUAAAAAAAAGUUAUCGAAUAAUUUGUCAUCCUGCUACAGCGAAGGCUGCUGCGUAGCUGGGAAUUUAUACCGGCUGAUCCUUGGAAAUACGCAGUGCAUGGUGCGGUUAUCUUUGCGGAAGAAGCACACGCUGGGUUUGUGAAGGUUGUACAGUAGCCUAAGGAGCAGACGUCGGAAUAGACGGGAAUAUCGCGCACACACUCGCUCUGUUCUUCCCGGUGCCAGGUGUGUUGUUGUGCCCUUUUCCGAAGAACACAUCUGCUGUUGUCGCCAGACAGGUGUGUGGAGUACACGCCGCCGAAUCUACCUAUUAUAGCCUACUUGGAUAAGAAAUAGAGAAGCUAAACGUUAAUUUACUAAAUCCAUUAAGACAAUAAUCUAAUGCGAUCUUCCGUUACAACCGCUCACAGGUGCAAUCGGAUGCGUGGAGAAAUACGUCUGUAAUUUAAAACUGGUUUAGUCUAUCUGUCUUGAGAAUCGCCUGGUCAGUGCAUGGAAUCUCACGGCGGAUCAGGUGGAGACGUGUAGUAGGGUAGCUAGCGCUACUUGUUUUUUUUAUGUAGCUAAACGAAAACCUGUGUAUUCAAGAUGGACUGAGCCGUUUUGAGCACACUAAACUGGACAACAACGACUGUUGUAGCUACACACCUGUUUGUCUGCCUGGAAUGUUUUGACAGGCUAUCAGCUGAUAGUAGGCUGUUACUGACACAAAUACUCAGCUCGUAGCCUGUGCGUUUUUUUCGGAGUUGUGCGUUGUGAGUAGAUAGCCUAAUUAUAUUUGGACUAUUAAGAAAGUACGUCGUCGAUCAUAGAAUACCGUCUAGCUAUCGAUAGUAGGCUUUAAGGCUGUAAAAUAGAUAGAUUCGCCUAUUUAAACAAUAGGCUCAAACUGGAAUUUAAACAGGAGAGAGGCUGUAAGUGUUAUCUCACUUGCUCCGGGCACUGUACACCACUGACGCAGGCAGCCUUGAAUCUACAAUCUAUGAAAGUCAAGUUGACAUAGUUUUUUAUGCAUGGCACAAGUAAACAAAAGAAGGUGUAUUUUAUAACGAAGAAUUGUUAAAGGAAUGGAACGCAGCACGCCUGGGGAGACUGCUGCAUUUAAAAAUCGACAUCACUGUGCAAUCGUUCUCUGCCUAGCUGCGUUUUAUAAAAAAAAAAAAAAAAAAAACGUAGUUUAGAAUAGCCUACUACGCCUGGCAUUCGACCCAUCGGAGACUUUUUGCAAAAGCUUUGGACAGGGCGCAAUCAUGUCCAAAACACUGAAAAAGAAGAAACACUGGUCUGGCAAAGUGCAAGAGUGUGCUGUGUCGUGGGGGAACGCCGGAGAGUUCAGCUCCGUGGUCGAAGUGCGGGGGGGAGCUGAGCUCGGAGAAUUCCCGUACCUGGGCCAGGUGAUGUCGGACGCGAUGGUGUGUCAUGUCGGCAGGGUGCCCAGCUCCGGGGACGUGUUGCUGGAGGUAAACGGAACCCCAGUAAGCGGACUGACAAACCGCGAUACCCUGGCUGUCAUCCGUCACUUUCGGGAACCCAUCCGUCUGAAAACCGUCAAACCAGGCAAGGUGCUGAACACGGAUCUGCGCCAUUACCUCAGCCUGCAGUUCCAGAAGGGCUCCCUGGACCACAAACUGCAGCAGAUCAUCCGGGACAACCUGUACCUGCGCACCAUUCCCUGUACCACGAGACAGCCCAGAGAUGGGGAGGUCCCAGGUGUGGACUACAACUUCAUCAGCGUUGGGGAGUUCCGUAUCCUGGAGGACAGCGGACUGCUGCUCGAGAGCGGGACCUACGAUGGUAACUACUACGGGACCCCCAAACCGCCUGCUGAGCCCAGCCCCGUGCAGCCCGACCUGGUGGACCAGGUCCUGUUCGACGAGGAGUUCGACACCGAGGUGCAGCGCAAACGCACCACCUCCGUCAGCAAGAUGGACAGGAAGGACAGCGCCGCGCCCGAGGAGGAGGACGACGAGGAGAGACCCCCGCUGGUCAACGGGCUCACAGAGCACAAGGACGGGGCGGAGUGGAGAAAGGCGGUGCCCAGCUACACCCAGUCCAGCAGCGCCAUGGACUUCCGCAUGUGGAACUCCCUGCCCCGCGACGACAGCCAGGAGCCCCUGCCCAAGAACUGGGAGAUGGCCUACACCGAGACGGGCAUGGUCUACUUCAUCGAUCACAACACUAAGACCACCACCUGGCUGGACCCCCGCCUGGCCAAGAAGGCCAAGCCCCCCGAGAAGUGUGAGGACGGAGAGCUCCCCUACGGCUGGGAGAAGAUAGAAGACCCGCAGUACGGCACCUACUACGUGGACCACAUAAAUCAGAAGACUCAGUUUGAGAACCCAGUUCUGGAGGCCAAAAAGAAGCUGAACCAGGAGACACCCGCCGCCAGCCAGCAGGGGGCAGCACCACCCCCAGAGGAGGCAGGGGUACGGGGCUUCACUCGGGACCCGUCCCGGCUGCAGGGGGCGAUGAUUCGCACGGCGCUGAGGAAGAGCACGCAGGGUUUCGGGUUCACCAUCAUCGGGGGCGACCGGCCCGAUGAGUUCCUGCAAGUGAAGAAUGUCCUGAGGGACGGCCCAGCUGCACAGGACAACAAGAUCGCCUCCGGCGACGUGAUCGUGGACAUCAACGGGACGUGCGUCCUGGGCAAGACGCACGCCGACGUGGUGCAGAUGUUCCAGUCCAUCCCGGUGAACCAGUACGUGGACAUGGUGCUGUGCCGGGGCUACGCGCUGCCCGAGGACCCCGGCGGCAGCGACGAGGUGGGGGGCGAGGCGGCCACGGCCGUGCCGCUCAUCAACGGGCAGCCGGCGAACGGCUCCGCCCCGGAGCUGCACUACGUCACCACCGACGCCGCCGGCCGGCCCGCGGUGGCCGCCCUGCCCAACGGGCGCUUCCCGGAGGGUGCGGACCCCGCCCUGCUGCAGCCCGAGCUGGUGAGCGUGCCCCUGGUGAAGGGGCCCGGCGGAUUCGGCUUCGCCAUCGCCGACUGCCCCCUGGGCCAGAAGGUGAAGAUGAUCCUGGACGCGCAGUGGUGCCGGGGCCUGCUGAAGGGCGACGUCAUCAAGGAGAUCAACCGGCAGAACGUGCAGACGCUCAGCCACGCCCAGGUGGUGGACAUCCUCAAGGACCUGCCCGUGGGCAGCGAGGUCAACGUGCUGGUGCUGAGAGGAGGUCAGACGUCUCCUGUGAAGUCUCUAAAACCUCGCGAGGCUCCCCUUUCGCUGAAGCAGGAGGCGGUGGCCCCCGGCGUGGAGCCCCCGACCGUGUCCGAAGUGCCCCCGCAGCCCCUGCAGCCCCUGCCCUUCGCCCCCAGCACUGCGCGCUCCAACUCCCCCAAGCCGGACCCCACCGAGCUCUACAUGAAGUCCAAGGCCCUGCUGGAGAGCAAGCCACCCAACACCAAGGAUCUGGACGUCUUCAUCAAAAGGAACCAAGAGUCCGGGUUUGGGUUCCGUGUGCUGGGAGGGGAAGGCCCAGAUCAGCCAGUGUACAUAGGCGCCAUCGUGCCCCUGGGCGCCGCGGAGAAGGACGGACGCCUGCGGGCCGGGGACGAGCUCAUGUGCAUCGACGCCGUGCCGGUCAAGGGCAAGUCCCACAAGCAGGUGCUGGAGCUGAUGACCAACGCCGCCCGCAACGGUCAGGUCAUGCUGACCGUGCGACGGAAGGUGGUCUACACAGAGGGGGGUGCAGAAGAGGAUGGGCCGCAGCUCCAGGCGCCCCCCGCCGUGGUGAACGGCUCUCCCAAACUGCCCCGUGUGGAGGACCCCGUACCCGCCGAGCAGGAGUCCUACGACGUCACGCUGCAGCGCAAGGAGAACGAAGGCUUCGGCUUCGUCAUCCUCACCUCCAAGAACAAACCUCCACCUGGAGUGAUACCUCAUAAGAUCGGACGCAUCAUCGAAGGAAGCCCCACCGACCGCUGCGGACGGCUCAAGGUGGGCGACCGCAUUUCGGCGGUCAACGGUCAGUCCAUUGUGGAGCUGGCGCACAACGACAUCGUGCAGCUGAUCAAGGACGCGGGGAACGCCGUGACCCUCACCGUGGUGCCGGAGGACGACCACAGCGGGCCUCCGUCUGGAACCAGCUCCGCCAAGCAGAGCCCCGCGACGCAGCACCGAGCCGUGGGCCAGCAACCGGCCAACCGCGAAGACCGUCCCAGCCAGGAUGCAGAUGACAAGGAGGGGGUCCCCUGGGCGGAACACAAGAGCCUUCCACAGAGCGAGCCUGGAACUCUGAGCACCACGGGCCCCAAACAGGGCUGCUUCCACGUGGAGCUGGAGCGGGGGCAGCGUGGCUUUGGCUUCAGCCUGCGGGGGGGCAAGGAGUACAACAUGGGCCUGUUCAUCCUGCGACUGGCCGAGGAUGGCCCCGCCCUCAAGGACGGGAGGGUACACGUUGGGGACCAGAUAGUGGAGAUCAAUGGGGAGCCCACCCAGGGCAUCACCCACACUCGGGCCAUCGAGCUCAUCCAAGCCGGGGGUAACAAAGUCCUGCUGCUGCUGAGACCUGGCCUGGGCCUGGUUCCUGACCACAGUAAAAUGGUUUCACCCACAAGCUUCCCAAGAGUUUCAGCGUCAGAUGAGCAGUCAUCCCCUGCUGCCCCCUCCUCCAUGUCCAUCUCCACCUCCACCUCUGAGCCCUCCCCAGCACCCGCCCCCGUCAAGGCGCAAGAGGAGACCCCCGGCUGGGACGCGAGCGCCCCUCCCCCUAGAGCUCCCGAACCCCGAGCCGGCGACAGCGAGCGAGCGGGCCCCGAGCCGGUCCGCGAGCAGGCCGGCAAGGCCCGAGGGCAGCAGCCCCCCCCAGCAGCACCACCACAAGCAGCCCCCCAGCCCCGAAACCCUGGAAACCCGGAAGUCCGUCCCCAAGAAAAGAGACUCCAGCGUGGAAGACAGGGCUGGCAGCCCGCGCAAAACCACCGGGGGCCAGGGGGGCGGCGCUAGGGAGCGGUCCCGGAGCCCGCGGAAGACCGAGAGGAAACCGCCCGCCCCCACCGAUAACACCAAGAGCGCUUCGGCCGGCCCGCGAGAGGCGGAGCCCGGCAAGGAGAGGAAGGCCCGCGCGCACAGAGACAGCCGCGCCUCCAGC